CUGAACUUCAGCUGAAGUUGCAAGUUUUCAUAAGAAAUUGGAGAAAUUAAAUUCUUCACACAAUUGAAGAAGGAAGAUUCAGCAUAUUCUAUAUUCAACAGCUCAAAUACUCAUCUUGUUUGAUUUAAACCCAGGUUUUAAGAUAUUGACUUUAAUUGCUCCAUGAUAACUUACCCUGAGGAUCAAAGCCAAAUGUGUUUUGAUAGCUUACGUUUUGAUAGAACUCGGGGAAAUGUGGGCUGAAAGGUCUAGUUGGGCUGUGGAUGCUGGAGAAACCUUCCUUCCUGUAGAUUUAAAAGAAGUGAGAUUUGACCACUUUUUCUGGAAUUUUGGGGAAAAUUUUUGGUUACGUAGGAAACAGAAAAGUGGGACAUGAAAAUAAUGAUAGAUCCAUGAGCACUUUAUUUCAAGAGACUUAAAAAAUAAUUUAUUAUUAAAAAUUAUGCAAUAGUUCUUUCUGUUAGUCUAUAUUUCUUUCCUGUGUCCUGUCCAAGCAGUCUGUCAUUCCUAACAUGGUAAAUCUUAUUGGUGUCUCUGCUCUCUUCAAAAUAUGGAAUCCAAAGUGUGACUUCCUUGCUGAAGCACAACUCUCACUGAUACCAUCACUAACUAAUUUUUAAGUUAUGAACUCUUCAGCAUGGUUACUUGAGUUAGGGACCAGGGAGUCAAGGCCUGCUAACAUGUAUGUGACUAGCGCCCUUUGACAAAUCCAGAGUGUUUUGCUUAAGAAAAGGUCCUUGGUCCAAAAUUGAGGGAAGUCGGAUAGAAUAAUUCCAUUGAUUUCAGUGAUUUGAGUUAGGGCAUAGCAGAAAGGAAAAUCAAGAAGAAAUAUUUAAAACGAUGAGUAAAUUCUAAGAAUCUAUUUUCAAUUUAUUUGCAUUUUAAAAGAUAGUGUGGUGGAUUUUUUUCUCUUUUUUUUGCAUUAAAAUGCAGGGUUUUAAAAAUUAUUAUUAUUUCUUAGUUUGUCUGAUGGCUGUUGAAUAGAAGAAAAAAGAAAGGAAGGAAGAGCCCGAGUCGCAGGAUGGUGUGUGUAGCUGUGAGAAGCUUCAGGCAGGAAAUGCCGGCUUCCUGUAGCACUGCAGCGAGCAUCGCCGUGGCACCCGGAGCCAGCUCUCAGUGUAAACAUCUUCCUUGCCCGCUAGCAGAAGGUGGAGAUGCGAGCCAGUUUAAUCAAAUUAUUCAUUCAGUGUAUCAAAGCUUUAACAAUUUGCAGUGUUGGCCAAGUCUUUCUAAAACAGCAUCACAGAGCAGCUUUGGGUCUUUCUGUAGUGAGUUAGGAACUCACACACACACACACACACACACAAAAAGAUUUUAAUCAAGGGGAGGAAAAAGUGUUGUGCAAGAAGCUUACCAAUGACUAGAGAGAAUGUAAAAUGCAUAGAUCAAUACAUAGGUCUUUGCCUGAGAUGCUGAAAUUCCAAUCCAUCAGGUCAAAACUUCCUGACUUAAUUCAAUUUAACUAAAGCAGGACUUAGCUCUGCAAAACUGCAGGCCUUUCUCUGUCUAUGUUCCCUGGUAAUGUUUUCUAACAGACUUGACAAAUUUCUGAACAGAAAUUACCAGUUUGCACUGCAUUAGUUUACGCUUGUAUUAAUUUCUGCUGAAUUCAUUCCACAAGUGCUCUAGGAAUAAUGCAUGGACAAAAGAAUUUCAGAAGCGGUGAGGUUGCCGAGAACAGAUGUGUAAAGAUAGGUUUGUUUUCAAAGAGCAGAAAAUGCUGCUCUUUAGGAUGGUAAAUACCUGCUGGAUUGAUAGGCUGUGGUUUGACACUUAAAAUAUUCCAAUAAGGAGAAUGAGGAGAAGCAAAUUUGGCAGAACUGUGCAAAGUUUGUGCUGCUCCUCUGGACCCAGCAGUUCAGUUCAGCACGGGCUUAUCUGGCCCAUGGCCUUACUCUAAUCUGAGCCGUAACUUUUAGCCUGCAGAACUUGGUCAUGUUUUGUGAUCUUUAAUGGGUUAGACACUCUACCCUUGGAAAAACCACUCACCAGAUGAAGCACAUGUCCCAGGAAGCAUCAUAAUUGCAGCUUUAACCUAUACCUUUUCUGUGGUUUUACGGACAGGACAAGGAACUAAAUAUUUAAGAUAGUAUAUGCUUGGGAUAUUUUUAAAAACAUCACAUACAUUCAUUUAUUGCUAAUUGCUUUCAGCACAGUAAAGGGGGAUGUGUGUCAAGCACAAAAGGCAUCUAUUAACAGAGAAAGUCUGAAAUUCACUGAAGGCAAAAAGGAUUCCUGAGCUUACACUAUAAAUUUGUUCAAAUCGCUGGGCUCAAAAAGAAAAGCAAGACAGAAUUACAUGUCCCUAACACUAGCCUGAACCCUUUGCUUUUGUGGUAACAGCCAAAUCUUUAAAAUCUUAUUAGAAGAUUAUUCUAGUGUUACAUUGAAACGCCGCAGUGCUGCUUCUAAAUAUUUCUGGUAAGUGUUCUGUAAGGAGACUAAAUUAUCUGAUGAGGAAUAAUAUAUUUAAUUAGACUAGAUGGUUUAAUCAGAAGAAACAGACCAACUUUCAAAUGUCAUAUUCCCUUUUGCGCGUCACUAAAUACUUUAUAAACAUUGAUUAAACUUCAUGGCACUGGCUGAAGUAAAAGAAACCCGUGGAAAGAAUUUUUUCACCCGUGGUGUUCACCGUUUAUGAAACACAGUUUUAAACAGCUGAGGGACAGUUCAAUGUACACUGGAAAAUUAUGCAGCAAAUAAAUUGCAUUGCCCAUAUCUUUUCAGCCUGGUUUCUUUAAGGAAAGUUGUCUGUGUCAGCUGGCUUGUGUAUUUGUAAUUGCUGCAUUUUGCAUAGCUGUCAGUGGAAACUUUUAUCAAACAGUUGAUAGUGUCUUCUGAUUAAUGUAGGCUCGCCAGCUUCCCACAUGAUAGGUUCUUCACAGGAUGCAACAGUCUAAGGGAAAUUGCCUCAUGACUUUCAAGAUAAAUAGUCUAACCAAAACACUUAUGAGACAGGUCUCUUCCUACUAAGCACGACUUUUGGUCUUAUCAUUCUGUCGUUCUCUCUGCUUCUAUUAGUGCAAGAUUUGCUAAAUUAUGUGACUUCAUAGAGAAAAUAAUUACAUUUUCAUUGUGUAGUAAGGUUGCUUAAUGUUUUGAGUGCUAGGAUGCAUACUCUCAGCACACUUGGCUGAAAUGUUGGUAACAGGCAUUGGCAAAAAGUUUCACAGGACAGCAGAAGGGACAUCCUAUUUAUUCCAGGCUGGAUUAGGUCAUUAGGAUCAACAAGCCAGAAUGCCAUGAGGGAAAAACAAAUGAAGUGGAAGGGACUGGUGGGACUGUACAAAGAAAUACCAUGAGAAAUAUAAAGCCGCAAAAUACCGAGACCUCAGGAAGCCUAUUUCAAAUAACUUCCUAAGGCCUCUUUUCAUACUAUGACCUCUGUGGCAGAGAAAAAUAGGACACAGUGGAGUGGGAUAUAAAGUUUAUUUUUUGUCAGUGCAGCUGAAUGUGAGGGGAGCCUUGCCUUUACAUGCCUGGCUCUCAUGCUUCCUAAGAGACUUGUACGUCGGACCCGAGAGCCUGAGCCCGUCACGCUGGUGCUGCUGCCCUCCCACCUGCUCACCAGUGAUGCUUGAAGGUGAGACGGUUCAGGGAGCCGACCCAGCAGAGCGUGAUUCUCUGCCGGUUUAGCAUCCUGUCUCGCUCAGUUGGAGAUGAGAUGAACAACAGUGCAGAGGGAAAGCGGACGGGACCGUAGCUGCCGCAGCCUGGCUCAAACUGCCGUGGGAGCACAAAUUGGAGAAAGUAGGUCUCGGCCCAAGUAGAAGUGGACCAGAGCGGAUGUCAGCCAUUUAUUUACCUUGUUCAAAUCUUAAUGCCUUCCGACCUAUUUAAUACCACAUCCUCUCUGCUGCUCAUGCAAGAUAUAUUGGAUUGAUUUCUCUCUAAAUGUAUGAUGUAUGUGAUGAUGUGUCCAAUGUAUUUUUCUCAGGAUUAUCAACCACUUGGCACGUAAGUGUAAAGUACAUCUUUUGUUAGCACUUUAAACCUGGGCUAAUGCGUAUAUUAUAUUAAUGGCUGCAACAGAAACUGGAAGUCAGUAUUAAUUCAAAGAACUGAAUGUAGUGUGUCGCCUUUAAUAAACCUCACAAUAAGAAAAAGCUUGUCAUGCAAGUGUGGUUUUAUAUUUGCUUGAAUGAUCUAAAAAUUCUGUCAGUGCUGAAGGGGACAGUUCUCCACCUCCUGCCCCUGAUGAUGUUCUCAUCCCCUUCAUUGCACUGGUUAGAGCUUGUAGAGAGUGGUGUGAUCAGUCAGAUUGGUACUGAUCUGGCUGACAAGAUCUCUUUCUUUAUUUUUGCUGAUUGAGCGAGCUGAUUUAACUCAUCACAUGGCCUCAUAAUUGCUAAGACAUUGUAAAGGAGACAGUGAGAACAAAUAGGUAGGGUGGUAGGAAAGCUCUGCUGUCUUUGGUGGCUGCAAAUUCAGCCUUAAUGAUUUGCUAGAUAUCUCGCAGAGCUAAUAAUGGGGCUAAGCACAUACAGUAGUCCUUAGUUCUGUAAGUUUUGUGAACGAACAAACAGGAACACUGCAAAUAUGGUAAAUGUUCUUGUUCACAGAUCACACCAUCCAGUCUGUUUUCUGCUGCUGCUGCUGCUGCUGCACAGUGCAAAAAAGAGCAAUGAGAACAAAAAUGAACCUGGACCCUGAUACUGGCCUCAUGACCCAGUACUCGGCCUCACAAUUAGGUGUUUCCUAUGCAUCCACUCAGAAGUACAGGUGUAAGAGGCAAUUGCAGUUAAAGAACAAGCCGUUACCUCCUCUACCUGCCGGGGCCUUGGAAGACUACACAAAAAAACCCAGAGUUAUUGCGCUCUAUGACUUUUUUGCUAGAGGACCCUCAGAUUUACCACUCAAGAAGUCAGAAGAAUACAUUAUCCUCGAACAGUAUGAUCCCCACUGGUGGAAGGCAAGAGACCAACAUGGAAACGAAGGUCUAAUUCCCAGCAACUAUGUUACUGAGAACAAGAAAAGUAAUUUAGAAACAUAUGAGUGGUACUGCAAAAACAUAAAUAGAAGCCAGGCAGAACUUCUCUUGCACCAGAAGUCCAAAGAAGGCUCAUUUGUUGUCAGAGAUUCAAGCCAACAGGGACUUCUUACGCUGUCCAUGUAUUCGCGGGCUAAAGGAAGUCAUAGUGGAGAUAUUCGACAUUAUCAAAUUAAGAAAAAUCACUUGGGACAAUAUUAUGUAGCAGAGAACUAUCUCUUUUCAUCUGUUCCUGAACUCAUCGAGUAUCAUCAACACAAUGCUGCAGGUCUUAUCACUCGCCUCCGACAUCCAGUUGGAUCAGCUGGAUGUUCUUCAUCAGCAACAGCAGCAUUGAGUUACGAGGAGUGGGAAUUAAACCCAUCUGAACUGACAUUCAUGAAAGAACUUGGUCGUGGGCAGUUUGGAGUUGUUCAGCUCGGUAAAUGGAAAGCAACCAUCAAGGUUGCCAUCAAAACCAUCAAUGAAGGUGCAAUGUCUGAAGAUGAUUUCAUCGAGGAGGCCAAAGUGAUGAUGAAACUCUCCCACCCGAAGCUGGUCCAGCUUUACGGAGUGUGCACACAUCACAAACCUCUCUACGUUGUGACUGAAUUCAUGGAAAACGGCUGCCUGCUCAAUUACCUUCAGCAAAGGCGAGGGAAACUCAGCAGAGACAUGCUGCUGAGCAUGUGCCAGGAUGUGUGCGAAGGGAUGGAAUACCUGGAAAGAAACAGCUUUAUUCACCGUGAUUUAGCUGCAAGAAACUGUUUAGUCAACGCGGAGCACAUCGUUAAAGUAUCCGACUUUGGCAUGGCAAGGUAUGUCAUCGAUGAUGAAUAUAUCAGCUCUUCAGGUGCCAAGUUUCCAAUCAAAUGGUCAUCUCCUGAAGUCUUCCAUUUCAAAAAAUAUAGCAGCAAAUCAGAUGUCUGGUCAUUUGGUGUACUGAUGUGGGAAGUUUUCACAGAAGGCAAAAUGCCUUUUGAAAGUAAGUCAAAUUCUGAAGUUGUCCGUGAGAUUUCUCAGGGUAACCGACUUUAUCGACCAUAUUUGGCAUCACAUACUGUGUACAAAGUCAUGUACAGCUGCUGGCAUGAGAAACCUGAAGGACGUCCUACUUUUGCAGAGUUAAUAGAGACCCUCACAGAUAUAACAGAGAUGGGAUAAUCAGAGAUUUUACAACAAUAUGUUUACUGAAAGGUUAGCAUGAAGCAUGUCAAUAAUGUAGCUAGUAGAGAAAACCUCAGCCUUUUACAGCAGGCUCUACUUAAAUCGCAGUACCAGCAUCCUACGUAUUGAAGCAGCUGUUUGGGCUUGGCCCAAUUUUUACUUAUUUGACAAAGAUACCUCAGGAGGCUGGUUUGGGACUCUCAAGGCUUUGUUUUCAUGAUUAGGGAGAAAAAUCUCCUGUCUGAAAAGAAGUAACUAAGCUUACUCACCUUAUAGGCCUUUUUAUUUUUUCUUUUGGUCAGAGCUACACUAAUUCCUGCAACAAUAUUAUUAAAUUAUUUGGUACUUACUAUGACUCAUGCACUGGGGAAUACUGAUUGGCAGCAGCAAAAAUGAUGGAAGAACCUCUGAUAAAGCUCUAGCUAGGUAAUUUUUAAAGGCAAGCCCUUUUGCGCUGCAAAGCAGUGUUUCAGAAGGGGUGGCAAGCUAACGGACCAGCUGCCGGAGCAGCGCCCACGCGUGCGCCCAUACCCACUGCCGUGGAUAAAGGCAGGCAAAGGGAGCAGUCAUCAUUUAGCAGCUCCCAAGUCACAUCUGAGCAGUUGGAAAGACUGAGCAUCCCUGAAGACCCACCCUGCAUGGUGGGUCAGGGUGUCUUCUCUACCAAUUCUGUAUAAAAGGAGAGUACGGAUUAUUUUAUCCAAACCUCUCCCACAGUCUUCCAGUAUUAUCUCCCAUUCCUCGCCUGCUGCUGCUUACUCAAACUCCCACACUUGCCUUGGUCCUCCCCGUGCCAGUGCCCAGAAUGGUUGAUAGACAAGUUAAAGCUGGAACCUGACAGUAAAAUGAAGUGCUUUGAAUUAGUCUAGCUCACAUGGAUCCUGUGAUACCUGACAUGGACAUUGCCUUUAACCCUACUUCUUAUGUUAUUAUUCACUUUUAAUUUUAAAUCUUAAUUGUGGUCAAUACAAAUAUAUUAUAGAGAAGAAAAGGCAGAUGAAGUUUGUAACUGUUUAAUAUAAAAUAGUCAGAUCAUUACAAAUAAAUAGGUUCUUUAAAA